AUGUGUAAGGCUAAGUCGGAACAAGCAGCAGUCUGGUUAUCUAUCCUAAAAGCCUAUGGAAAGGCAACAGGCCAAGAGAUCAAUCCGGCUAAGUCUGCUAUUACCUUUGGGUCCAAAGUUCCGGAGACAGUUAAAUUGGAGAUUCAUGGUACACUUGGUAUAAAAAAUGAAGGAGGAGUAGGGAAAUAUUUAAGACUACCUGAGUGUUUCAGUGGAUCAAAGGUGGACAUGCUAAGCUACAUAAAGGACAGACUAAAUUCCAAGGUUUUGAGCUGGCAUUCAAAAACUUUGUCUAUGGGAGGAAAAGAAGUCAUGAUCAAGUCAGUAGCAUUGGCAAUGCUGGUAUUUGCUAUGUUAUGCUUUAAAUUGUCGAAGUCUACUUGUGAAGCAGAUCAGAAGAUUCAUUGGAUUAGCUGCAAAAAGUUUUGUGUGCCUAAAGAGCUAGGGGGAAUGGGAUUUAGAGACAUUGGUCUUUUUAAUCAGGCUUUGUUGGCUAAGCAAGCGUGGCAGUUACUUCAAUAUUCACAAAGUUUGUUUGCCAAAGUUUUAAAGUCGAGAUACUAUCCAAAUUUGACUUUUAUGGAUGCAGGGCUGGGGAAGAGACCACCUUUUGGGUGGAGAAGUAUCAUGUUUGGAAGGGAGCUCAUGAAAAAAAGGUCUACAAAUCAAAGUGGGGAAUGGGUGUUCGCUAAAGGUCUGGAUGGAUCCAUGGGCGAAUGA